UGUUGAAAAAGGAUCCGGAGUAGCUAUCUGAAUACAUGAUAACCCCCUCCUGAGUUUUCGUGGAAGCAAUUCUGUUUUGGCUGAAGUGCUGCAUGGUUUUCCUCUAGUAAUUGCGUAGAGGAGCUACAAGCAGGAACUAAUAUCUCACGUCAAUCAGCUCCUAAUGUUUCAUCUACUUUGAAAGAUUUUUUUUUAACUACCCAAUUUCGUCGAUCACUGAUCCACGGCAGACUAAUUGGACUGAUUUCCAGAAGAAAGGCGAUGAUACUCAGUGCGUAGUUGAUGAUGUCGCUUCGUCCGUCGAUCUUUGGCGCGCUGCAGCUAUCGUCUGCUCGUGCGUGUGGAGUAUCUGCUGCCAGGUACUGCUGCUGGUCCAGCUACAUGCAGUUCCAGCAGCCGGCUGUCGGGAGCCUGACUAGGAGAGUUCCACAUGGAAAGGUCGUCUCUAGAAGCAUGUGUGCCUCACAAAAGAGCAGCGCCAAGCAAGGGGACGAAGCAAGCCAGGAGGGAAUUUCUUCUGAGAAAGACGCCGACCUGGUGACUUUCUCGGUGAGACUUCUGCCCGACUGCGUGACACAUACACACCAGGACUUCACGUAUGCUCUCCAGGAGAGGAACGGAAAAGCUACUGAUGCGUCUGAAAUGGAGCAGGACGUGCUGCUUGCGGAUGCGGCGUCCUUGGCUGCCGUUGAUGCAUUUUCAAACAUCCGUGGCUUUGACAAUGAGCGGCAGAUAGUCUACAACCUUCUGGAACGAAGGAGACACCACGUGGGUUUCGUCUAUUCUAAGGCAGCUAACUGGAAGCUUCUUCUUAGCUCUGUCCUUGUGGAGCUGAAGAAUGGCAACGAACUAACAGCGACGAUGAACAAUGAGUUGUGUCACUGCCUGGACGACAUUCAGAAAGCGAUCGACGUCAGUCCUGUUCAACGGCUCCUCCACCUGUCAAGGCUCUUGUCGCAGAUCAUCACUGAAAGUGCUCAAACCGCAGACUUUUCGGAGACGCGCUCCAGGGCAUUGGAAGUAUGCCAGGGGAUGAUUCGCAAGGUCGGCAGAGAUUCUCGCUUACUGACCGUGACGGAGUACUCAUCUUUUUUACAGGUGGUCGUUGAGUCAUCGCCUCAACAGAUGCCUACAUGGACAGUUGAUUGGUGGAAAGCUGUUGUAGCCAGCUACCAAGCCGGACUGCAGAACCAUGUCUCGGUUGAGUUGAUGUGGAGCUUCCUCUGCAGCACGACUUCCAUUUGGCAUAGUCGUCUGCACUCUUCCAUAUACCAGCAAAUGGUUGGGAUAUUGCGCCAUCUGCUGGCCAAUGCUGGGUCUCAAUCACCCCUCUCCUUCUCCUCGCUGAUCAAGCUCACUGAUGACGUUGCUCCACUGAGGAAAGUCCUCAUUGAAAUGCCUGAGUUCCUAUCUUCUCUUCCACCCUUGGAAACUGUGAGCAGCAGAGAUGAAGCAGAGCUCAUCAUGGACUUCUUAAAGAGCAGUCGUCUUGAGGGUGAUGUCCGUUUGUCUUCAUCCUUCGUCGACCAUCUUUCCCCAGAGAGCUUGCUUCAAUGUGGAAAUGUACUGGCACUGGACAGAGUGAUUGUCCCAAAGGAUGCCCUGUCCUCUCUGGUCCGUCGCGUGCGAACGAUGGAUUUAUCCAGGCUGUCAACUGCUCAAGCCUGGUCGCUGGCUAAUGGGAUCGAUGCCCUGGGUGUUACGAAUCAGGAGGUGUAUUGUGCGCUCCUGAAGCAAAUGGGCCAGGGAGCGUUGACGUUCAGGGAUGCAAGUAAUCCACAGCUGCCUGGCUUUGCUAGGACGAUAGCUGCACGGCUACAUGGCCCACACUACCAGGGUCAUAUUGUCCUUCCGGAGGUUCGACAGUUCUGGAAGAAGUACCGAGUUCACGCUCACUAUUCAAUUGAGAAGCAAUGGUUUAGUCUACUCCAGAUGAAUGAUGUAGCAAGUUUCCUGCGCUUGCUUGCUCCCAUGUGGGAGUUAGCUGAGUCCGCUCAGUCUGAGACUCUAAAAGUGUAUAUCGUUGAAACACUGUCACCGCUGUUUGCCAGUAACUCAUGGCUGCAAGUCCUACCAGAACUUGACUUGAGGGAAGUCCUCCGAGUCAGCUCGUCGCAUCUUUGUGGCCAUCCAGACCUGUCCCGUGACAUUAUUAUCAGCCUGGCUACCCUCCCUAGCAUGGUUAAAAAGAAGUACGUGCCAAUCAUCGCUGAACACUGCCUGGAGACAUCUGACAAGGAUGCCUUUCGUGUAUUCUACACUUCGCUGGGAUCAUCAGUGACGGGCGCAUUGGUGGCGUUGAAGCUUGAAUCUCUCUUGAAGUGCUUUCUGGCAAUGAUUCAGACGAACGUUAUUGAUAUUCCGGAACAUCAGCAAGUUCUUGAAUUGUAUCGCAAUGUCUUGCUGCGAAAGAUCAGCACUGCGUCCGUAAACCAGUACUGCGUGCAGGCUGACAUGGCUCAGCUCAUGUCCGUCAGCUCGGCGUGUCUGAACGACCCCAGCGGCAGGCUGUUCUACGCGUGUGCACCGGCCGCCGUCAGCCAGCAAGCUGCCUGGGCAGAGCUGCUGCGCCCGCUCCAUGAGGCCGCCGUCGCCCAGAAGAUCGACAAUCGCCAACCGCACCUCCUGCGCCAGGCCGUACAGCUGUCAGCCGCCAAUGGCAACACGGAAGCAUGCCGUCGGCUUCUUCUGGUCAUUUCUGACUUUCUCCUAUCUGAGACGGAUGCGUUGACACCAGAGACGCUUAGUGAGGCCAACGUGUGCCUCCGGACGGCCUUGAUUGAUGAUGUUAAUACUGCUGAGUUUGAAGUCCUUUCAGGCCAUUUCCAGAGUGUUGCUGAGAGGCUCGCGUUGCUUGCUGCGCGUGACUACGCCAAGUGGAGUAAGGCUGUCAUCGACUUUGUGCGACAUGCAACUAGAGUGAAGGUAAUAUCUGACCCACUUGUGGAUUUGAUGUGUUUAGCAGUGGUCAACAAGGAGCUUGACAUAUGGCAGAUCGUACCAGUGUUUAUAGAUUUGAAUCGAGAUGUCCUGCCACUGUCACUCAGUGAGCCGCUACUAACUGCGCUUGGUGAUCGCGCAACGGUGGCCAAGAACGUAACUUUGAAGACUCUACCGUUCCUGGUGCGCUGGCUGCCAGGCCUUUUCGUGCUAGGGGACGCAAAGGCAAACGCGAUGCGUUGCUUGCGUGACUUUGUGCUUAGCGAGCAGCACAUGCACGAUGAGGCGUUCGUAGGCAACGCAGCUGUAGAGUUACUAGGCUGUAUGAUGCUGCAGACUGGACUGAACUCAGCGGACAUGCAACCACUUGUAGCAAGUAUCCUGUCGUUGCCGAACUGGUGCCUGCGUACGCUACGCCUGGAGUCGUGCAAUCGCAUCUUCCUGCUGCCCGCACUGAAAGAUCUGACUGCUGAAGAUGUGCACCCAUAUCAUGACUGGUUUGUUCACAUUCCUGACCUGCUCUACGUGGAGCUGUCUGAGGUGUGGAAACGACGGUCGUUUCCCUUUUUUUCACAGAAGCACGAACAGGCCAAGCAGUUUUCAGAUAUCUUCAACUUCUUUCAAAGUGCCAGCUAUGCCAUUGUGGCGGGCCUUGUUUGUGGCACACCAGUUCACGCGCCCUACGCCUUUGACAUGCAGCCGGAGGACACGCUGCACAUGGCAUUCAACACUGUAUCGGAGAGCGAGCCGGGUAUGCCCAUGAACUGUCUGCUACGCCUGGUGGCGGCUGGCCUGCUGGACGCGGACGUCAUGCGCCGACCGGAGCGACACUUCAUGUUCGAGACGUGCCUGAAUGCACUGACCGAUGGGGACCUGUUCAAAACGAAAGUGUCUGAUCAUGGAUUUCACUGCAAUGCCACCGCGCUGCUUAUCGCCAUCCAGCUCCACAAACACACGGCUGCAUGUGCUGACAAGAAGCAGUCGUCGCUGGCCAACACUCUCGCACAGGUGGAAAAGAAUGUCCGCGAUGCCGUGGACUUGAAUGAUGGCACAACCAAAAGCAAGUUCAUGGCGAAUCGCGUUAGCCUGUCCAAGAGUUUAGCGUCACUCUUCCAAGACAAGAGCUGCGUAGUUGAUCCAGCGCGUCUGGAUCUGCCCAUCAACGUAGCGGCAGUGUGCGCUCUGGAUGAUCAAGGCGUGCCAGUGGCGGUCGAGGAGGAGGAAGUGGAAUCCGAUUCACGUCCCUCGCCGGAUUCGCAAACGGCGUUGUGGCCCGACGCUGCUCAGUAUCGCAUUGCAAUGGUGGUAUCGCCGGAACGCGAAGAGGCGACUUCAGAAUUUGCUAGCAGCUUGGAUGAGCUGCUGUUGAACUACGCAGUAAAGGAGCAGCUUAAACAACUGGACUUUUCCUGUGUUGAUGUGCCUGCUGAUUUAGCGAGGAGGCAGAUGAGUCUUGAAGGAAAGUAUGUAGAGGAUGCUGAGCUGUCGUACGUAGCCCGCGAGCGCUUGCGUCAGGUUUUAGUAAAUACGGUCCGUAAUGCUCCCAGGCGCGUUAGUGCUGCUAACGCCAGUACCAAUGCCGCAGUGGCUUGAUCCGGUUGAGUGACGACAACCACCGAAGACAUCACCUUGAAUGAUGUUUCUACAAGGUGCAGGAUGAAGAACGUCCUCCGCGCUGGGCUAAGCAUUCGAAAACAACAUUGUUUUUGUUCUGCUCCGGUGUGGCAAUAACACCAUGCAGCAUGUUGAGUGAAUUCUUCUAUAGUCCACGGAUCGGCUUUACUGGGUUACUGUAUGCAAUGGCAAUAACAGUAGCAACAAUGCCACCUCUAGUAACACCACCACUGCCACCACCAAGCAUCAUCAUCGCUACCACAACAGCAGCAUCGGCACCACCACCACCAGCAGCCGAUAGUUGUUAGAACCUAACAAGGCCAAUGCCAGCAGCCCGAACAGCUCCGGCAGCACACAGCACGUCGUCGUGUGAUUGAGUUCAGUUUUGCGCCAACCCGCUGCACACGGCUAACUCUGCCCUGCCCGCUGACUGCCACACACGUACUUGACUGGCAUCUUGGCCAGCCAUGCACCAGCCACUGACUCUGGCCAGUGCUUGAGACCAAUGUGUUUCCCCUCAGUCUAGCAUUGUGGAAUGAAUGCCUUCUAUUCGGUGUGCGCUCUGAGUCCUGACAAUGUCCUGCUGUACAUUCAGCAAACAUGGAGCAAAUAUUCUGCAGCCUAGCUGGCUGAACACCUCCUGGGGAGCCUGGGACUCAUGUGGCACCGGCUGCAUUUACAAGUGCACCUUUGGAUGUACCCACUUCUCCACGGUCCUCUCUAACAGUUCUAUGGUGUGUGUCCAUCUUGACCUGCCACCCCUGAGGUCCUGCCAUUUUCUUGCGUGAUUUUAGUCACGCUGCAGUGUAACUAUCUGCCACCGCCGGGGGCAGAUGCGGAAGUGGAUGGCGCAGAUUGAGCCGCCACUCCUGCAAGGUUACACGGAGAGUGCAUGCAGCGGAGAAGAUUCGAUACCCUCUAGCAACCCUGGUAGCCUCCCUCGUACAGUGCGAUCACAACUUGGCACCGUCAGCGUAGAACAAGACGAUGUGGCGUAGUCUCUUGCUACCUCCGUCACAGUUCCUACCGUUCUUGAAUCACCAAGCCGCCGCCCUGCCAUACAAGGACAUUUGUGUGGCCCUUGAUUUUUAUUAGGCAACACACCUUUUUUUAUGUGCUGCUCAGCACUCAUGUUCUAUUUCUAGGCUUUAGAAGCAUACAGCAAGUAUGCUUGUGGUAUGCGUAUCACCAACCUCUGUAGUUUGCACCAUAUCAGCUGUGCUGACUUGAAAAUUUAGUUUUAAAAUAAACAUUCUCUUCUUCAGAAUAAUAAUUUGUAAUUUUGUAUCCUCUAUGCUUAUUUAUCACACCAGUACCUGCAUGGCAUGGUCUUGUUGUCCAGUGUCAUUUCAGUUGUCCUCUUCCCCUGAUUAUUAGUAGGGCUGUGUUUGCUAGUAAAAAAAUAAUAAUAAAAAAUGGCUGCCAACCAUGAUCGUCUUUUCCGCUCAGGCCUUUAGAUAAGGUCAUGAUGGCUAGCUACGGUACAUUGUA